AUGUCAUUGCUGCAUCGGGCUGAUGCGACGGCGCUGCGGAUUUUGCGUGAGCAGCAUGUGGAAUCAUUAGCCAUGUCUGCACAAACAGGACCCAUUAAUUACAUUAAAAAAACUUUUAAGGACAUUGUUGAUACAAUGCCGGACAGACGCAACACCUUCUUAAUGUUGGUAACUCUCUGCACAUUCUUUGUUGGUUGGCGUACAGCCAUCGCGGUGACCGAUUGUGAAAGCCCACUUGUUGUGGUGCUCUCAGGAAGUAUGGAACCCUUCAUGUUUCGUGGUGACUUACUUGUUCUGCAUAAUAUUGGCGAACCCACGAUGGGGGAUGUCGUUGUUUUCUCUCUCCCCAACCGUACAAUUCCAAUCGUUCAUCGCGUCCAUCGCAUUCGAUUACUUGAGGACGGUGUGACUCGUUUGUACCUCACGAAAGGGGAUAACAAUGAAAUGGAUGACCGUACAUUAUAUCCGCGCGGAUAUCAUUGGGUAGAGAAAAAAGAUAUCAUUGGGAAAGUUGCCGUGCUGGUGCCGCGGGUGGGUUUUAUUACGCUAAUUGCCGAAGACCACUCAUGGGCAAAACUUGUGCUUGUUCCACUGGCAUUGAUAUGGUGCUGGUACACCGGAAUGUAA